AUGGCUGACGGUCCAAGUGGAAUUGACCGCAAUGCGGAUGAGAAGAUGGAGUUCUCGACCUCAAAAGAGGUCACCGUCCAUCCCACCUUCGAGUCCAUGUCGCUGAAAGAGAAUCUUCUUCGCGGCAUCUACGCCUACGGUUACGAGUCGCCCUCCGCCGUCCAAUCGCGAGCCAUCGUUCAGGUCUGCAAGGGUCGCGACACCAUCGCGCAGGCCCAGUCUGGCACCGGCAAGACGGCCACCUUCUCGAUCAGCAUGCUGCAGGUCAUCGACACCGCCGUGCGCGAGUCGCAGGCCCUCGUCCUUUCACCCACGAGAGAGCUCGCGACGCAGAUCCAGUCCGUCGUCAUGGCGCUCGGGGACUACAUGAACGUCCAGUGCCACGCCUGCAUCGGCGGCACCAACGUCGGCGAGGACAUCCGCAAGCUCGACUACGGCCAGCACAUCGUGUCGGGCACCCCCGGCCGCGUAGCCGACAUGAUCCGCCGGCGCCACCUGCGCACCCGCCACAUCAAGAUGCUGGUGCUCGACGAGGCCGACGAGCUCCUGAACAAGGGGUUCAGGGAGCAGAUCUACAACGUCUACCGCCACCUCCCGCCCGCCACCCAGGUCGUCGUCGUGAGCGCCACCCUGCCGUACGACGUGCUGGACAUGACCACCAAGUUCAUGACCGACCCCGUCCGGAUCCUCGUCAAGCGUGACGAGCUGACCCUGGAGGGCCUGAAGCAGUACUUCAUCGCCGUCGAGAAGGAGGACUGGAAGUUUGAUACCCUGUGCGAUCUUUACGAUACCCUCACCAUCACCCAGGCCGUCAUUUUCUGCAACACCCGCCGCAAGGUUGACUGGCUGACGGACAAGAUGCGCGAGGCCAACUUCACGGUUAGCAGCAUGCACGGCGAGAUGCCCCAGAAGGAGCGCGACAGCAUUAUGCAAGACUUUCGCCAAGGCAACAGCCGUGUUCUAAUCUCGACCGAUGUUUGGGCCCGAGGUAUCGACGUGCAGCAGGUCAGCCUGGUCAUCAACUACGAUCUGCCAAGCAACCGUGAGAAUUACAUCCAUCGCAUCGGCCGUAGUGGUCGUUUCGGCCGCAAGGGUGUCGCCAUCAACUUUGUCACCACCGAUGACGUCCGCAUUCUUCGUGACAUUGAGUUGUACUACUCGACGCAGAUCGACGAGAUGCCAAUGAACGUCGCCGAUCUCAUCGGCUCUUAA